AGAUGAAUGUGUCUCCUCGCUCUUUAUAGGACGUGAUGGCAGUCAGCGGUGCGCCUGAAACUCCUCUGCCUUACCCCAUCAUUGCUGAUGACAAGAGAGCGCUGUCCAUCCAGCUGGGCAUGCUAGACCCCGAUGAGAGAGACAAGGAUAAUAUGCCCCUCACCGCUCGCUGUGUCUUUGUGAUUGGCCCAGACAAGAAGCUGAAGCUGUCCAUCCUCUACCCCGCCACCACAGGGAGGAACUUUGACGAGCUGCUCAGAGUUAUCGACUCUCUGCAGCUCACGGCACAGAAGAAGGUCGCCACACCUGUCGACUGGAAGGCUGGUGACAAAGCCAUGGUCAUUCCUUCGCUCUCUGAUGCUGAAGCUGCUGAGCUCUUCCCCAACGGUGUGACCACUCAAGAGGUGCCUUCAAAGAAAACAUACUUGCGCUUCACCCAGCCCUGAAGAUACACUUCAGACCGCAUCUUUCUCUAGUUUGCUGCUCUUUGACAAACCUAAAUCCGUGGAUGAUAAUUCACAUUUAGAGCCGACCAAAACAUAGCUGCACUUACCUGGUUUGGUGACUUGUGUCAUGCAGUAAACCAGGAGUAUGUAUAGUGUCAAUGUACAGUGCCUUGUUUCCUUUCAAUAAACACACUUUUCACACA